UUAAGUAUAGAAACUCCUCCUUUUGUUUUUGGUUACUCCUGUGUUUGGAGGAGCAGGACUUGGUACAUUCCUUGUAAAUAAACUACAUCAAACAAAAUACUAGACUCCAUCAAUUUCUGCUUCCAGCUGGAACAUCCCCAAUAGCCCUGAAGUUUGACUAGCCACUUGGGUAGAAAAGAGGCAACACUGGUAGCAAUGGGAUCUAGCUUCAUAGGAGAGAAAUUGUGAGCUGGUAUUUCUGUUGACCCAAAAUGGAGCAAGGGAUGGUGAUGCUUGCAGAAAUCAAAGACGGACCUAAAUAAUUUCAAACAAGACCUGGAAGGUUCACAAAAGCAAUGAUAGCAGCAUGAGGAGUCGUCCCAGGAAGGGGCUGAGGGUUGACUUGCAGACAGAAGUCAAAUCUCUGUUGGAGCAACAACUUCAAAGUUCCUAGACAGGUUGGGAAGCCCAGUUGCAACGUUUGGGGGCUGGAAUAAGACAAGACAGAUCAAAGAGGUGACAGCAACCUAACUGCCAUUGACCAGAAGUCUUUCCCAUGAAAUAGUGAAGGCAUGCAAGCUUUAGUCAGUUUGGAAUUUGUUAACAGAGAUGAGCUGCAGCAGAGAAAUGGUGUGUUUACUGGCAUGUGCAAAACAGAGUGGGGGAGGAAGUGGGAAGCUUGUAAAACCGAUUAAAAGCAUAAUAGCUGUCUGCUACACUGUGACCUCGCCAGAGAAGAGAAGUGGUGGAGAGAGAAGAUAAAUGAGGAAGUUCACCUGCUCUACUCAACAUCAGAAUACUGAAAAGCUGGCCCAGGGAAUUUUAUUACAAUGGCUGUUGAAGCUGAUUUGAUUUUUGAAAGCUUCUUGAAGAAAAGAAAAGAUAAAAUGAAAUUUACAUGGGCAAAGUAUUGGUUCCGACUUCACAAUACCACCCUCUACUUCUUUACGAAGAAACAUGGAGAUGCAUUAUGCCUUCGUGGACGCUACUCCAUAUACAUAGUGCAGUCGGUACGCGAGGCACAAGCUGUGAAAGCCGAUUACCCUUUUGAGAUCACAAUGGCAAAUGGAAAGAAGAAACUCCUGUCUGCAGAAUCUGCUGAUUUACGUACUGCCUGGAUUGAAAUCUUAUGGAAAUCGAUGCAGCUGCCAGGGCCUGGCAGAGAACAGUCAGCCUGCACGUGGCAUGAUGUUCCUAGCUUGAUGGAAAGAGCUCAAGUUGCUAGAAACCAUAAGGAAGAAAAUCAUUACAACACUGUACUUUAUGUCAAGGAGACCAUUAGCUGCACAUCCAGGGCCACUGAUCUCUUAAUAUCAGAGGAGACCAAGAAAACCACUGAUUUUCAUACCUCUAACUUUAAUGAAGACAGAGAGUCAGCUAUUUAUGAAACUCUAAAAGUGGAGACCAUGGAAGACAAGCCUAGUGAUGAGAGAGGGGAAAUUGGUGGAGAUGCUAAAGAACAGCAUGGAGCAGCUGGUUGCACUACUUCUGUUGCGCAGAACACACACAGUGAUCCAUGUCUUGCUGUCAACAGCGCUGCCCCAGCAGAGGAUGAAUUCAUGCCCUGAGCUCUUCAGAAGGAACCACUGGCUGCUAAGAAAGAAGGGAGCUGCUCCCAUCCAUCCCUGAAAAUGUUCAGGACAAAAGUCCUCUUUAGGCAAAGCUGAAUAGAUGGGGUUUCCUUUGCUUUUCCUCUCAGGUGUCCAAUCUGGGAUCACUGUUGCUUUUAAAAACUUUUCCCUGUUUGGAUUAAUUUUUUGUUAUUAAUUAAAUAUGCUUUGUACUGAAUUUUUGUUUUUCAAGCAUUAAAAGAUAAUGUGCA